AUGGCCGCGGAGAGCGCCGGGCUGGGGCCGGGGCCGGGUCCGGGACCCGGGCCGGGAUCCGAACCCGGGCCGCUGUGCCCCGCGCACGGCCAGGCUCUGAGCUGGUUCUGCUGCUCUGAGCGGCGGCUCGUGUGCGCCGCCUGCGCGGGGCUGGGCGGCCGCUGCCGGGGGCACCGCAUCCGCCGGGCCGAGGAGCGCGCCGAGGAGCUGCGGAACAAGAUUGUGGACCAGUGUGAGCGACUGCAGUUACAGAGUGCCGGCAUCACCAAGUAUGUGGCCGAGGUCCUGCCGGGGAAGAAUCAGAGAGCAGUGAGCACAGCCAGCGCAGCACGGGAACUGGUCAUCCAGCGGCUAGGUCUGGUAAGGAGCCUGUGUGAGAGCGAGGAGCAGCGCUUGCUGGAGCAGGUGCAUGGCGAAGAGGAGCGGGCCCACCAGAGCAUCCUGACGCAGCGAGUGCACUGGGCCGAUGCGCUGCAGAAGCUCGACACCAUCCGCAGCAGCCUGGUGGACAUGCUCACCCAUCUGGAUGACCUCCAGCUGAUUCAGAAGGAGCAGGAGAUUUUUGAGAGGACCGAGGAAGCGGAGGGCAUUUUGGAUCCCCAGGAGUCAGAGAAGCUCAACUUUAAUGAGAAGUGCACUCUGAGCCCACUACUGACUCAACUCUGGGCGACAGCGGCUCUCGGGUCCCUCUCAGGCACAGAGGACGUGCGUAUUGACGAGAGGACUGUCAGCCCGUUGCUGCAACUGUCGGACGAUCGAAGGACCUUGAGUUUCAACGCCAAGAAGUCCAAGGCCUGUGCAGAUGGCCUGGAACGCUUCGACCACUGGCCCAACGCCCUGGCCACCACCUCCUUCCAGGCUGGGCUGCAUGCUUGGAUGGUGAACGUCCAGAACAGCUGUGCCUACAAGGUGGGCGUAGCUUUAGGCCAGCUGCCUCGAAAGGGUUCUGGCAGUAACUCUCGUCUGGGCCACAAUGCCUUCUCCUGGGUCUUCUCCCGCUAUGACCAAGAGUUCUGUUUCUCGCACGACGGGCAGCAUGAGCCACUGAGGCUGCUGCGUUGUCCGGCCCAGCUGGGCAUCCUGCUGGACUUGCAGGCACAGGAGCUGCUCUUCUACGAGCCAGCCUCGGGCACGGUGCUCCACACCCACCGCGCGGCCUUCCCUGGGCCCCUCUUCCCAGUCUUCGCAGUGGCCGACCAGACCAUUUCCAUCGUCCACUGACCUCUGGCCACGGGGAGGCCACGUCUACCUCCCCACCUCCCUUCCAGGCCACAUGUCUACCUAGUGUCCUUUUCCCAAAUGUUGCCUAUGCCCGAUGGGCAGCUUUGGGAGGAGUGGGGGUGUUUCAGAGCUGGGUGCAGCCCUUAAAUGCUGGGUAUCUAUGGGGAACCUGCUGCUUCCCGGGCCUUCAUCUCCCAAACCCACCAGGCAUCUGCUCCUCUGAGGGUGUCUUGUCCACCACCUCAUCUCUAGCGUCCAGCAUGGUGCCUGGUGCAUAGUGAGUGUGCAAUAAAUAUCCAGCAAGUGAGAGGAUGGAUGCAUGGAUGCAUGGAUACAUAGGUUGAUGGAUGGACAGGUGACUAGGUGCCUGUGGUAGACUCUUCUGGAGAAACACUGCCUUUCAGCCCCCUGCCCCCCAGCUUUGAGCAUGUAGAAACGAGGCUCUGGCAGAACAGCCUGUGGCUGCAGCUCUUUCAUCCUCUUAAUUCAGUGCUUCUCAAUCCUUUUCAUGACAAAGCACAAGGAGAAAAGAAUAUUUUUCUAGCACACAAGGACAAUCUGGAAGGGAUUCAGAACUCCUGCCAGGCUGCUCCUGGCCAGAGGACUCUGGCCUGGGGGGCUGUGUUCUUCCCCCAGUUUCUGCCUGGCCACUCGGAAGACCAAGGAGGUCCUAUCUCCAGGUAACCUGACUGCAACACACCCACUGGCAGCUCGGCCUCCGACUUGGCAGCUGAGCUGCAGCCGGUGCCCAUGCGACAACAGGGACAAAUGUUUCUCCUGACUGCUGCUGACAAGUGUCCCCACCUACUGGCCCCCUCUGAUAUGUGGAGACCUGGGGCGAGGGCUUCAAGCAAGCAAGAGCUGAGGGAGUAAGAGGGCCAGCCUUAGAGAACAUGUAUGUACAUUAUUAAAGGUUUUAAAAGAUU